AUGGCGCCCUCAACUGAAACCCAUUCUCACUCUGCAGGACAAAGUGGCAAGAACCGCAUGUUCCUCACUGACGCCAGUCAGGAUCUUCUCAGCCAGGCAGGGCGAAUUAUUCCCGACUUGCGGACCAUCCAAGAACUCGGCCAGACUGCAGUCAAUGGAGGUCUAGUUGAUGACAGAAACUAUCUCAUCGAAAAUAUUAUCCAAGUCACGGCGUCCUUGCCCAACACAUCUGGAUUGCGAGGGAAGAUCACGGAUGCGUUCGUCAGCACUCUGUGGAAUAACCUCGAGCAUCCUCCUUUGUCUUAUCUCGGGGAUCAAUUCAGGUAUCGGGCCGCGGAUGGGAGCUAUAACAACAUCAUGUACCCCCAUCUCGGGGCUUCCGGUAGCCAUUAUGCCCGGACAGUCACCCCUCAGCAUCCGAAGUCUGCUGUGCUUCCUGAUCCGUCUCUUAUAUUUGACACCCUGCUGGCACGCGACGGUCCCGCCAAGGAACACCCUAGCAAGAUAUCCAGCAAUCUCUUCUAUCUAGCGACAGUGAUCAUCCACGACCUCUUCCACACGGACGAGCGCGACAGCACCAAAGUACUCAACUCUUCCUAUCUCGAUCUCGGGCCGCUAUAUGGCCAUAACCAAGACCAGCAAAACAAGGUGAGGACCUUCACAGACGGUCUCCUCAAACCCGACACAUUUGCAGAAAAAAGACCCCUUGAACAACCGCCGGGCGUUUGCGCAUUGCUGGUUUCCUUCAAUCGAUUCCAUAACUGGGUCGUAGGGGAGCUGGCCUACAUUAACGAAGCCGGAAGAUUUAGUUUGCCUACUGGACUGACGCAGGAUGAUCCACGAUACAGCGGCGCGGUGGCCAAGAGGGAUAAUGAUCUGUUCCAGACGGGGAGACUGAUAACAUGCGGCCUCUAUGUCAAUAUCAUCCUAAACGACUACCUCCGGACAAUCCUCAACCUCAAUGAGAAUCCGACCGAGUCAGAUUGGACGCUUGACCCCAGAAAGAGCCUGGACGUCUUCGACAAAGGAGGCGUUCCCCGAGGAGUCGGGAAUCAAGUCAGUGCCGAGUUUAACAUGAUAUACCGCUGGCACGCGGCCAUCAGUAAUCAGGAUGAAGCUUGGACGAACAGACUCUGCCAAAGGAUCUUCGGACCGGGAGUCGAUGGCAGCACAUUAUCGGUGAAUCAAUUCCUCGACGGGUUGCGAAAAUAUUUCGAGGACAAUGUACAGGGCGAACCUGCAACGUGGACCUUCGGAGGGCUGGAACGGCAGCAGGAUGGACGCUUCGCAGACAGUGAGCUUGUUCGUCUCAUGUCAGAAGGGUGCGAGAACGUCGCGGGGGCAUUCGGCGCCAGAAACAUUCCAAAGGUACUGAAGGCCAUUGAAAUGCUCGGGAUUGAGCAGGGACGGCAAUGGCAGCUGGCGACUCUCAAUGAGUUCAGAGCUUUUUUUAAACUGAAACCGUAUUCAACUUUCCUGGAGGUCAACUCGAAUCCAGCUAUUGCAGAAGCAUUGGAAGCACUAUACGGCCACCCCGAUAACAUAGAGCUAUACGUUGGCGUACAGGCAGAAGAAGCCAAAAAGCCCUUCUAUCCCGGCUCCGGGCUGUGUCCUGGCUUCACCAUAUCAGCGGCUAUUCUGUCUGAUGCGGUUGCUCUCGUUCGCGGAGAUCGUUUCUACACAGUUGACUAUAGUCCAACCAACUUGACCAGUUUUGGCUUCUAUGCCGCGAGCUCAGACUUUGACGUUGCUGGCGGGGGUGUGAUGUAUAAAUUGCUGAUGAGAGCCUUCCCUGGAUGGUACCAGCCAGACAGCGUCUAUGCGCUAUAUCCAUUUGUGACACCGGAGAAGAGUCGUGAGAUUAUGGAUAAAUAUAUGGAAUUCAAGGACUCGAAUUUCGAUCGACCGUCAUAUACUCCGCCACCCGUGCCGGUCACAACUUGGGAAGGGGUGACAAAGGUUCUGGACGACCAGAAGCGGUUCCAUGUUCCUUGGGGAGCACAUACAUUUCAGAUUACCGGGCAUGAUUACAUGCUCAGUGGGGAUUCUGCGGCGAAUGCAGAACAAAGGCGAUUCGUCAACGAGUGUCUCUACGAACCAAAGACUGUGCUCGAGGAUGUGCAAAAGCUCUACGAGUCUAUCACGACAGACCUGCUUCAUGAGAAAAGCUCCAAGCUUAGGGACUGUUAUCAUGUUGACAUUGUCCGAGACGUUGCAAACCUAGCACACGCACAUUUCUGCUCGCAGUUCUUCAGCAUCCCGCUCAAGGACAAAAAGGACCGUUCGCCUGAUGCCUAUACCCCCAGAGAGCUCUCCGACGCCCUUUCCUUGUUGUUCGGUUAUGUCUUCCUGGAUCUUGAGCCGACAGAUUCUCUCAGGAAUAGGAUCGUAGCAGCAACGGAGACGCAGCGAAUGGGCGCUAUUAUGACCAAGUCAGUCUCCGGUGCGAGAGAUACCAUCUUCAGACGUUUCAUGCAGGCGCUUGGGAUGAGCGAGGCCGGGGCAGCGAGCUAUGGCUCGCAGCUUGUGAAGCGGUUACAGAGAGGGGGCAAGAGUGUCGAUGAAGUCGUGUGGACCAUUAUUCCAACCGCAGCAGCAGCGUGUGCGACACAAGCGCAGGGUUGGGCCCAAAUGCUCGACCUCUACUUAUCGGAUAAGUACGCCUCGCACUGGCCGGCUAUCCAAAAGCUGGCACGCUCCGCUGAUCCUGGAGCGUUUGAAAAGUUGAAGAAAUACGCUCUUGAGGGAUUCCGCCUGUCUACCCCGGCUUUCGGUGUCCUCCGGGCAGCAGUUGACGAAGCCACAAUCAAGGACGGAAAAGUCUCUACAACUGUUCACAAAGGGUAUAUCGAAUUUGUAGACUUCAUCACUGCUGGUCGCGAUCCCGUCAAGUUUCCCGACCCUGAGGAGAUCCGACUUGACCGUCCGGCCGAUGUCUAUAUUCACCAUGGCUGGGGUCCACACGCGUGUCUUGGAAGGGCAAUUGUCACCACAGCCGGUGCCGUCUUCUUGCGCGUCCUUGGUAGACUUGAAAAUAUCCGUCGAGCUCCUGGACCAGCUGGAGAGAUGAAAAGUAAGAUGGUGAAUGGUGCGUUUAAGCUGUACUUGCGCGAAGAUGGAUCCUCCUGGACGCCGUUUCCUCAAAAUAUGAAAGUAGUGUUUGAUUCCUUCAAGUAG